UCACUAUCUUUCUUUAUUUAGCUUUGUUGCCUUAUCCCAAAUUGUAUUAAUCCACUUCUCCUCUUUCUCAAAGAGCUCUGCGAACAACCAUGAGCAACCACUCAGAGUAUUCAAAUACAUCCGGCUACUACAAGACGCGAAAAAGACCUAUUCAAAAGUACUACUCAUCUUUCUUGUUCGAACGAACAAUGGCCCUGACCUUCCCCUAUACGGCCUACCCAGGCGUCGGUGUACCCAUAACCUUCGUUGUCGGCCCAACAACCAAUCCAACACGAUUCGAUGUACAUCACUCGCUUCUCUCAAAAGUCUCGCCUCUAUUCACUAUGCCCAACGGCCUGCCGCGCAUCACACUAAGCGACAUCUUCCUCUCCAACGCCGAGCCCGAUAAUUUCUGUACCCUCUUCAAAUGGCUAUACGAGCGCCAACCCCCUGACUACACGACCGACACGAAAUUGUUAGACUUGAUGAAACUCUGGGUUUUGGCGGGCGAACUCGGGAUCUGGAGGACUCAAAACACGGUGUUGAGGUUGGGAAUGGCGCUGAUGCAACCGAGGUACUUUAUUUGUCGACUAGAAGUAGUCAGGUGGGUGUAUGAGAAUACACACAUUGGGUCACCACUGCGAGACUACAUCACCGCGAUUUUCUGCCAACGCGGUCCCCCCAUCACGCCCUCUAUGUUCUCGCCGGCGAAUGAGCGGCUUGGUAUCUUUCGCGACGCAGUAGGGUUCUUGCGUACGCUAAAUCUAGUUCGCGCUGGUAAUCCGACGGGAACGGGUAGAUACGACCUCCAUGCGCUAUUCCUUAUACACCACACGUGGUCGCCGGGCCAAGACGAGCUUGCACCAGUACGAGUUCGUGGAUGUUUGGUGACGGGUGGGGGGGAUGUAGAUUGGACCAGGAUCGAAUAUCCGCUUCCUUCCUUCCUAGUAUGGGGUGCAAAGUGGGAGGUGUUACCGGACAUGCACUUUGUGAACCAAGACGGCGUUCGAGCUGCGGCACAAGAUUUGUUGAAGCAGAUUGAGUUUCCGGAUAGAUCGCACGCACAAAAUCUCUAGUGGCACAGUACUGCAGGGAAGUAUCUAGACCUAUAAACUUUGGACAAUAUCUCAUGGAUUCACGCAUGGUCUUUGGUUAGCAGACUAUACAUUUUAGAUAUUUGAAGACA